AUGGGGAGAGGGAAGAUAGAGAUGAAGCGCAUAGAGAACGCAACAAACAGGCAAGUGACAUUCUCAAAGAGGCGAAAUGGACUGUUAAAGAAGGCUUCUGAACUCUCAGUUCUGUGUGAUGCUGACGUUGGUCUCAUCAUCUUCUCCCCCAAAGGCAAGCUCUGCGAAUUUUCAAGCUCCAACUUGCGAGAGACAAUUGAACGGUAUCGUAGUUAUACUCGAGAUGCUCAGACAGCCACCAGAUACAUGGAACAAAGCAUGCAGCUUUUAAAUGAAGAAACAGAAAUGAUGGAGAGGGUUGAACAUCUUGAAGUUUCAAAACGGAAACUCUUGGGAGAAGGGUUAGGCUCAUGCUCGCUUCAAGAACUAGAAGAGAUACAACAGCAGCUGCAAAAGAGUCUAAGAAACGUUCGAGCAAGAAAGGUUAUUAUUUACUUGAUAAGUAUAUAG